GAAGAAGAAGAAACUGUCAACCCGGUUUAACCAAUGAAUGAAGACUGGGAGGAACCCUGACUACAGCGAUCUUCCCCUCUGGGUUUGUAAAUACCAUGGAGUGACGGCUCUUGGUGUUCUCCUAUCACCUCCACAGCUUGAAAAACCAGACCGACCAUCAUCGAACCCCCCCUCGGCUCUCUCCCCUCGGUUACUCUCGGGCGUUUGGUUGGUUUGUUUGCUCUGACCGGCGGGAGACUCUGCGAGGAUGUCCGACAAUGGAGGCACGGCUGUCGGCCUUCUGUCUUACGAGACGCUGGUUCAUGCGGUGGCAGGUGCUAUGGUGAGCUGAUCUAAGAUCAAUUUAAGUUUGAUUUAAUUAUGAAUUCGUGUCUGAUCGUGUCCAACUAGACAUGAUAGUAUCGAUGAAACAGCUCCCCUGAAAAAAGGGGGAGUGACAGAGCUCUUUGACAUUUACUCAACUUUCAUGGUUGUCAGGAACAGUCUGUGAUUUUGCUGCACUUUCUUUCAGGGGAGUGUGACAGCCAUGACCGUCUUCUUCCCUUUGGACACAGCUAAAAGCAGACUACAGGGUGAGCUGGAGGUCUUAUCAUCUUGGGCAGAGGUUACCUGAUAGCAGCAGCUCUAAACAUCGUUAGUUAACUUUGAUGUGUUAAGGUUUAGUGCAUUAUGGAUUAAGUAUUACUUCACCCCUGAGAUGUAAAAAACGUAUCUGUUUCUGAGUGUGUUUAAAGCUCCAGUGAGAAGUUUUAGGAGUGAAUCAAAUACAUACUCAUUAUGAAAACAUGCUUAAAGGGACAUUCCGGUGUAAAAUUAAGUAUAGGGUCAAACACACCGUAACACAGAGUUUGACACCCUCUUGAGAGAUGAAUGUUGCCAACAGCUUGCUCCUCUAGUUAUACCAAUUUGAGUAACUACCACAGAUAGCAAUACAGAGAGCCACGUGCUCAACCAAAACGUCACUCUAUAGCCUCAAAUAAUGCUCAGAACAGCACCUAACUUCAUCAACAGGACAUAUAGGGUCACAGCCACAGCACUAGCCACCAAACAUCUCUCGAGGGAGUGUCUAACUUGGUGUUACGGUGUGUUUGACCCUAACUUAAUUUACCCCAGAAUAUCCCUUUAAUGUUGAGUUGGCCCUCCCUUGUCAGAUCAGAGCCAAAACAAGCCUACCCUGACAUGUCACCAGUCUCCUAAAAGUGUGCUAUGGUAUUUGGCACUAAAACGUUAGCAGCAGAUCCUUUUGGUCCUGUAGUGAUCUGUGGAUCAGACCUGGUUGCCCAGCAGGUGCCCACAAAUACAAGGACGGGGCUCAGUCCUGACACCCUGAUAGUCUCAAGUUUAACGUCCUGAUUCACAACAAAGUGAUGAGGCUUAAACUGACAAUAUAAAAGUUACGAAUCUAGUUGCUGAUGGUCUUGUAGGUCACAUAGUAGCACAAGUACUAAUUUUUGUUUGUUUUAUAACUUAAGAAACCCUCACAUGAGCUUUAAAGUAUAGAUGACUUGAUUCAUUCAUCCUAGUUGAGUUUGCAGAAAGAUUUCUUUACUGAUUUUUCCCCCUUUUGUUUUCUCAGUGGAUGAGAAGCGAAAGGCGAAGUCUACCCCGCUCAUGUUGGCAGAAAUAGCGAAGGAAGAAGGACUGUAAGUACAGUUUUGUGCUGCGGGGUUACAGUUAUAUCCAGUCAUGACUUGUUUUGUUGCUGAACAGAAACUUUCAGAUCGGAGUCAAACAGCUUGAUGCAGCACAAAUGCAGUGCCAUAUAUUUGGACAUUUUGGAGACCAAGUGAAUAAAUGAUUAAAAAAUGAUAAAUUUCCAGCUGAUUAGAUUGUAAAAAUUGGUAGCUGCAGUCUAAACUCUUUAUUCGAUGUAACAUGACUCUCCUCCACCAUUUCUUCCAGCCUGUCUCUGUACAGAGGCUGGUUACCAGUCAUCUCCAGCCUCUGCUGCUCCAACUUUGUCUACUUCUACACCUUUAACACACUGAAGAGGCUUACAAUAGCUGGACCAGGCAAGUCCAAACUCAGCAGGGACCUGCUCAUGGGCAUCGCAGCGGGUAAGUUAAUGUAGAGUUAACAAUCAUCAAUGACCUAACAACUGAGCAGGGUUUUCAUGAUACCAGACUUUUCAUUUUAAUCGGAGACCACUUAAAAAAAUAAAAAGUUGAUGCCAUGGCAACAAAAAAUUGGACUCCUGUGUUAAUUUUGUUGUGUUUGGUUUUGACUCGUGCACAGUGCUGGUGCAGAAGAAGUCUCUGAGCACAAACUACACUUAAUAGCAAUGAAAGGCAAAAUAAAUCCUUAGGUGAAGCUACUCGUCAACAGUCAACAGGUCAGAACCAACAGGAAACAUGAAGAGACCAGGCGAUAUCUCUGUCUCUCUGACCAUCAAGAGGAGGAGGGGUCACCACUGCUGCACUUGAAUUUCUGCCUCAUCACACUCAGUCCAUGGCAACAGUGUGCUCUUGACAUAUAACAGACCAGUGCUAUUGAGGAUCGACCAAUCAGAAUCAUGUAAUUAACAACAUUUUUGUAAACAUAAAGCAAUAUUCAAAGAAAUCUGAUGGUCUGUUGUUGCCGCAGGGGUGGUGAAUGUGCUUCUUACCACGCCCAUGUGGGUGGUCAACACUCGACUGAAGCUGCAGGGAGUCAAGUUCAGGAACGAGGACCUCCAGCAGACCCACUACAGGGGCAUUUUUGGUAUGGGAUGUACUUCUUUGCACGGUGUAUUUGUCUUAUUGCUGCACAGUCAUUUCACCUUGCUCUGUUUGGGGUUCUUCUCCUCUCAGAUGCUUUCUCACAGAUCAUCACCAAUGAGGGACCAGCAACUCUGUGGAACGGCACUCUGCCCUCUCUCAUCCUUGUCCUUAACCCGGCCAUACAGUUCAUGUUUUAUGAGGGCAUGAAGAGGAGGGCGGGGAAAGGAGGGAAGAGGGUGAGAGAUAAGACAAACUUUUAGCCUUGUGUCUCAUUCAGACUAAAUGAAACCAUUACUCAUUUAUAUAACUGUUUUUCAAAUACAUUCCUAUAAAUAAAUAAACUUUUUAAAUAUUUUUCUUUUUGCAGUUUGUUUGAUCUUUAUCUCCUGUUACAGAUUUCCUCCGCAGAGAUUUUUGUCAUUGGAGCCAUCGCAAAAGCUGUUGCAACUACAGCUACAUAUCCGCUUCAGACGGUCCAGGCCAUUCUGAGGGUAAAAAACUGUUUAAAAUGUCACUUUCAAAGCACCAGAAUUGUGAUACCAAGAGUAUUAAAAUCACGUUAAAAACUGAAAACACCCUGACACACUUUCUUCUGUGCCAUAGAGCCUCAUUUUUGUGACUGAUUUACUUCACACUACAUUAUUUUUAGCCAAAGCACAAACUUUUGAUGAAUAAAACCAUAUGCUACAUUGCCACAUUAUUGGCUGUAGUCUUUUUUUCAUGGGAUUUUUUAAGACCUAGAUGAUAACGGUGCCUGUGCAGGAUAUUUUCAGAGUUUUAUUGCAGCUUUUCUUUUGCGUAAAUGAUCAUCAGUAAACUAAGACUCACCUGUUGUAUUUUUUCUUUUUAGUUUGGACAAUACAAAGGUGAUGGCAAAGGUGGUGUGAUCGGAAGCAUCUCAAACAUUUUCUCUCUGCUCAUGGACAGAAUCAAGUGAGUGCAGUUUCAAACAUACACAUACAGCACUGUCUUUUAUUUUGUUUUGAUUGCUGAACACUUUUCCCCCUUUUAUAUUACAGGAAGUAUGGCGUUUUAGGUUUGUAUAAAGGUCUGGAGGCAAAGCUCCUGCAGACAGUGCUGACGGCUGCUCUCAUGUUUGUCGUGUAUGAGAAGAUCACCGCUGUUACCUUCAAAGUCAUGGGUCUGAAUAAGAAACUGAAGCACUGAAUGUACACGCUACCUUGAAUACAGUACUGUCUUAAUACUUUUGUCUUUAGCAGUUUUAAUCAUUGCCUAAAAUUGAAGAGAAUGACUCAAAACAAUGUAAUAGAAGAUGAAAUUGGUGCUUUUAAAUAGCCAGUUUCAUACACUCACCUGAAACAUGCAGAUUAACCAGGUCAGGGUGUAAUACCUUUCAAUACCCUCUUUUUCGUAACCUUUCGCUGGUUCUUUGUGUGCAGAUUGACCUUAAUAUUUUCCCACGGGUAAUUCUCUGUUAAAGUGGUCCAGGCAACUCAGAAGAGCUCCUUUUAAAUUUAGUUUUAAUUUGGGGGGUAAAGAGAAGCAAAUGUGUUUCACAGCUCAUGUUUGUAAUAGAGAUAUAUUUAUCCCUCACUGAAGCCUGUGCUAUAAUCUCAAAAUCCUUCAUGAUUAGUCUGAAUGCAGAGCUGAAGGCGCUCCACUGUAAGUGACAUAGAGACAGAUAAAUAUAUUACAAAGAGUGACUUCAUGCAGUAUCAUUACUUUAAACUCGUGAAAUUUAUGAAAAAUACAGGAUUCAACUCCCACAUAACUUUAUCUGUGAAAAGCUGGACAGUGGGAGAAAAUAAAGUUAUUUUUCCCGUAAAUAUGAACAUUUAGACAAAACUUGGGCCAACCUUCUCCUGUCGAUACCUCUAAACUAAGGAGCUAACGGUUGCUUUGAGCCAAAGUUAGCUUAAAACUAACGGUUGCUUUAAGCUAACUUUGGCUUUACAUAAAGACUGUAAAUAAUAUUUCAAGGCCUAAUAUUUUCCUGCCUUGGUGAAGAUAACGGAAUUUUUCCCUCAAGCUUCCUUUAAGAAGUUAACAGCUUUCGUGUUUUGUACAGUUUGGCAUAUUUUAAUCGAAUUAAAAGUCGAAAUUCGUCGGGUUCCCGUGUUCAACUCUGUUGCUAGGCAACGCGUAAUGAUAACGGACAUAGAAACCUUUAAAUCAGAUAUUUAUUGACAGAAUUGUAUUCAAUAACGUUGAAUCAAAGUUUAAAUAAAAAAAUAAAGAUAAACACUGAUCAAAAUACAACAAGAAAUUGUGAAUUGAUGCAGUUAAAAAAGUGCAGUUAGAGAAAUAUUUACAUAAAAUAUAUCCACUAAUGAAUACAUAAUUCUCCAAAAAGAUAACAUCAGGUGUUAGCUUAAUAUUUUUAAGGGCCGCAGUGAUCAAAUGGGAUGUAUUCAGUCAAAAAUUGAGGAAAGGGUGGUUGUGAGCCCAAGUUUUUCAAACAAAUAAUUCAUAUAAAGAAAUCAUCCAAACUAUCUGUGUUUUAUAAGGGCCAGAGUUAUAUGAGUUAGAUUCAUUCAAAAAGAGAAAAGGAGAGUUAUGAGCCUCAUUGUUUUUAAUAAAUUUAGAAUUUUCAUGUCAAAGUGAAAAAAAUAAUCUUGUCCCAACCAACAGAUAGCUGUUUCUUCAUCCAUGUCUCUACUGUUAAAGAUGAUUUAUCAUGCAGAUGUUAAGACUAAUAUGACUCCUUCUUGCAUUAGUCUGUCUUGACUUUAAACUCCUGGACCAUUCUCCACACUCUGUUUUAUGUAUUUACUGUGAACAAUGAGAGGUGGAUGGAAACCUCAUGAAAUCCUGCCAGAUUGACAUUUUAAGUCAUACCUCUUAAUGGUUAAAAGUGCUGGACAGUGGGCUCUCACACCAGUCUACGAGUAAAAUCAGCCGAUACUUUUAACGCCUUAGGGUGGUGUGAUUUUUAGCAGUUCGCUAUGUGGUGUAAAAAUGAAUUCAAGUGAAUACAAAAGCAAAUGAGUACUUAACCCCACACAGUUUGGGUGUACAAAUACUUCUGCUGGUACCAAGUGCCUCUGAACUAUCAUAAAAACCUGUACUCUGAUCUGCUGUAUAGUGACUGUUGAUGAUUUACACGGACAGUGCUGCACUUAUGUGUGCUCUCCUCACUCUUGUAUUGGCCUGUGCAAACACUUUGGUGUCUUCCAAUACAUACCUCUUUAUCUUACUUUGUAUAGAGCAGUAAGGGCUUUUUAUUGAUUUACAGUAUUUGUUUAUGACAGCAAUAUUUCUCUCAUUUGUUAAAUGCCUUAUAACCAAGUUGUGAGUUGAUUCAUUCCUUUUUGUUUCUGUUAAAAUGUUUGUAAAACGUGUGAAUUUUAAUCAUGACUCACAGUUUUAGCAGUCUUCACUGGAGACUUUGUGACUGUUCAUUGUAUCAGCAGCCCUCCUGAAAGUUAAAGUUCACUUUCACUUUACAGAAACAUGGCAUGACAUAACUUAAAGGAUCGCCAGUGAGAUUACUUUAGCUUUUACCUGUCAGAUGCUCUAAAUAACUGUAUAAAAGUCUUAAAAAGUCUUUUAGAUAAAGGCACUCUAGAUUGAAAAGUGAUAAGGCAAAUCGAGUCUGUUAAAGAAAAUGUCAAAAUGUAAGGGUAACAGAUGAAGACCAAACGAUCUUUAUUUAUGAAGCUCAACGCCGAGGGUUGCAAAGACAAUGGCAUAUUUGUAGAAGUCACUAGUCUAGAUUCGGAAAGAUUUGUUGAAAGUUUACCUGGAAAUAUUUUGUAACUGCUGAUCAAACUUGUACUUGAAGUUAUCAUCAUGUAUUGACAUCCUUUUUUUUCUUUUUUUAACAUUUUCUUAUUUUGUUUGAUCGAUUAAAGCCCUGUUUGGGGUUUAAAUUAUUGUUAUAACAAAAUAUUAAUAAAGUGUGACAAAAACACUUGAA